UUUAAUGUCCAAUUUUAAACGAAAUAUUCAAUGAACUAUUUCUUCAGGACAAAAUUUACCGUCGAUUAAAAAAUUAAAGUUGAUUAGUAUAGAAAAAAUGCCUUUGAAGCUCGGUGUCCGACUGAAAAAUAAUCAAUCUGAGCUCGGAUCCAAGCUUCCGUUCUCGGGCAAAGGCCACAAAGUCUCCGACUCUCCCCCGACUCCGGACCCACCAACAAUUUCUGUCCCCCGGAGUCCUGAGCCACAUCAGGAUCAACAAAUCCCUUCGCCAGAAAUUCCUGGUCCAGCAGCCCCAUUUGAGGGUUUCGCUAAUCCAGGAACCGCAUUGUGUCCUCCCAAGGAGUCUCCGACAUCAUCGACUCGCUCCAGCCCUGACAGAUCAGGCAACGGCACCGCACGCAUUAACAUGACGCCGCCCCCCCUCCCCGCUGAUGAGUGCAUCCCCCUCCUACCCUCGGAAGGAGCGCGAUCGCGACGCACGAACUUGCCCCGCUACGAGCCGACCGACUGGGACGACGCGCUGCCUUACGGCGGCAAGGUAUACCUGGCGCGCAAGAAAAAACCUGACUCGUGGCCUUGCAUCGCUCUACAG